GAAGAUUCAGUGUUUGCACAAAACCCUGCCCAGACAGGGCCCUGUGCACAUCUGCAGGACUCUGGCCUUCUGUGGGCUGUCCAGGGUCUCAGAGAGAGAAGAGUUGAGGCUGCCUCAACUGGCCCCUUGGGCUCUACCUCCAGGACUAUUUCCAGUCCAUGUCCAGGGCAGACUGAGCUCUGGGGCCCACAGGCCAUGUUGGAUUCAGGGUUUUCUUGGUAACUGGUCAAGCUGAAGUCUCCAGCUAGCCUGUCCCCAGGUGCCUGCUAUGGCAGCAGAACUGGGAGGGAGUGGCACUAUUUAAACUGGGGUGCUGGGUGGCCUUAGGAGAGUGCUUGCCUCAUCUGGGCCUCAGUUUCCUCUUCCUUAAAAUGGGAUUCCCUCUGCUAAAGCCCAGAAGCAUGUACCCAAAUGCUCUAUGAGCAGCUGGUGGACUCCACAGAGAAGAAGGGACUCUUGUUCUGAGGACUUCAUCCUGUGCCCUGGAGCUGGGGAGGAAGCGCAGGGAGAAGGCCAGCGGGGGAGGGGAUGGAGAACAGGCCAGAAAGUGAGGGCCUGGUGACUCACUGGAAUAGAAUGUCCUCUUUCCUUCUGUUUCCCAGAGGAUUCUCUGUGAGGCUGGAUGAGGAGUGACAAAGUGUGAGGGAGGGAGGCAGAUUCACAGUGACAGUCACAUGAGAGAGUUCUGGGAUGCGAAAAUGGACCAUAGGUCCCACGGAUUGUUGAUGACUCUCUGUAGGGUCUGUCCAAUCCACCUCCCCUUCUCCUUCCCCCAAGCUCUGCCUUAGUCCAGGUCAGUCCCCCACCUGGCUCCUGCCACAGCCCCCUCAGGGUCUGGCCCCCUUGGGCCCGGCCCUUUUCUGCAGCUUCUCCACAGAUUUUAUGGAUAAAUCAAAGAAGGUUAAGAGUUCUCCCCCAAAUCUUGGAGAUGAAAAAGGGAACCUAUUGGAGGCAAAAGAUAACAGGACUAGGCAAAUGUCCAGAUUAAAAAUGCAGAAACACUGACACCUACUGCAGGUGGCCUAUAACUAUAUGUACCUGGGAAGAACAGGCAAACAAGAAGCCAAAAACAAACAAACAAAAAACAAAAUCAAGCUUGAAACACAGUUCCUUAUGCCCCUAUCUGCCAAACUAACUAGUUGAUAUCGGGGAUUCUAUCAGAAACUGCAAGCGCCAGGGAUCAAUGCAUUAUGUUCCCUAUUCUCUGCUGUUGGUUGCCCCAGUUAAGACAAAUAAUCUGAGGUGUCUGGCUUCCUCUGGAAGAGGAGCCUAGAAUCCAGAUGGUCCAAUUAACUUAGAAGAUGUGCAUAGGCAGUUUCCCAACGCAAUACUAAAGCUCUUUUUGUCCUUAGAGAAAUUGAAAAAGUUCCAGGCUGUGUGAUUUUUGGGUCAGCUCCUUGCCUUCUCUGAACCUUCGUACCCUGAUCCAUAAAUGGCAGAAUCGGGUAUUUAUAGUACACAGAAAGAACACUGAGAUGGGACUGCAGGAAAGACCGUUUAGUGCUGUGGUUACUGCUACUAACUAGCAACAGGCCUUAAGCAGGACACUCCAGCUCUGUGACUAUCAGCAUCUGAAAAAUGGAGGCGAUGUCACUGUACAUGCUGCUAUGAAGAGUCCAUGAGACACUCAGAAUUAUUGCUUCCCACUAGUCCAUUUCUCAGAAUAUGGGUAAGGGGCUGAUGACCCAGACUCCUUUCUGGAAGUGGUGAGGUCUCAGGAGUGUUGAUGUAAAAUGAGGGCCAGGAGGGACUCCCUUCUGGGGAAGGAGUGGCCUAGGCCGGGCUCAUUCCCUUGACCUCCAGCAGGGGGCAGAGUGGAAUGGCACAGGGAGUGUGGGGGCGGGGUAAGUGCUGUCACUGAGUGGGUGGCCACUGUGGGUCCUGGGCCCUCACUCACAAUUGGAGGGAGGGAUUCAGGAAGUACUCACAGCUGCUCAGACAUCUCGGAGCCAAUUUCCAAGCAGGACCAACUCUGUAGCAUCCAGGGAGCUGCGUCACGGCCCUGGGGGGCGACCACCAGGAGAGGAGGCCACAGCACAGGUACAGCCAGGGCUGGCCCUCUGGGAGCACAGGGCACCACCAAAAGGCCCCAGCUGGCCUGGCUCCCUUUAAGUGAUGUCUUCUGCCCCUCCUCCCCACCUGGCUCCAUGUCCAGGGAGUCUUGUGCCCACAUCUCCUGGGAGUGCAUGUCUUCUAGAAGCUGCCAGCAGAGUUGACCACAGACAGCUCUUGAAAGCCAGGCCGGAGGCAUAGAAAAUAGAGAUCAUUGGAGACCCCAGCAGCAUCUGGUGACACAACCCAGAGCCUCAGACCAGUAUCUUAGAAGACACAUGAGGAGCAGCCAGCUGAGCACAGAGUACCUCUGACCACCAAGAGCCCCCUGUUUUGGAUGGGGAGCUGGGGCUCGGAGACCACGCAUGUUGCUCAGCGUGUCAGCUGCCAGUGCAGGCCAUGGAGUCAGCAGUGAUUGGGGUGGUGGCGGUACUGUUUGUGUUCACAGUGGCCAUCACUUGUAUCCUCUGCUGCUUCAGCUAUGACUCAAAGACUCAGGAUCCUCAGGGAGGCCCUGGCCACAGCUUCACAGUGGCCACAUUUCGCCAGGAGGCUUCUCUCUUCUCAGGUCCCCAAGCCCAGUCAAUGCCGAGUACCCGGGACUUCUGGACCGUCAUUUGAGGCCUUACAGUCUCUCAGGAUUUGCUCUGCUGGUGGGUCAGACCCACUUGCCCCCUCAACAAGUCUUCCCUGAUGUUCCUGCAUCCUGUCCUUCCCCUACUGAAUCCCACCAACUUUCCAUCUCCUUCAAUUUUGGGCUGCUACGCCUUGUUGGGAGCCAGUGGGAGUCAACUCAGAGCCCUGAGGGCUCAGCUGAGCCUUACCCUCAGGAUGGGGACCCAGAAGCCAUCUCAGGAGGCAUGAGCAGACACCAUGUGUGGUGGGCCAGCUCUGCUAAUGUACAAUGGCUGGAAAAUAUCACAACAAGGUGCCUGUAAAACUAGUGCUAUUGCCACCAGAGGAAGCAUCCCCAAGUGGACGUUUUGAGAAACCAAUUCUUUUGUGUUCUGCUGUGGAGUAUUUUUGCAUACUGUGGCCAGAUGCCUGAAAUUAGCUCCUAAAUCAAAGAGCUACUUCCUGGAACAAGUGAUUUAUUUUAUAAUGAGAAUACAUAUCCUUUUACGGGUCUUUCCAAAUCUGGUUUGGAAAACCACAGAAGAGAAAAUAAGAGUCACAGAAAGUACAAGAUGUUUUAUUAACAGGAAAGCCAGAAAGAUGGCUUUCAAACACAUUCUGAACCAGACUUUACUGCUAUAUUCUAACAGGUCACUUCUAUUCUUAGAGAAUGUGAGUGACUUGCUGUCACUUAGGAAUGUAGGAAAAUCAUGAACUGAAAGAUAAUUCCAAAAAAGUUAAAAUGUUAUGUUACAUUCAGGGCAUGUAACAAAGCUCUUGUUUUCAUCACAAAUGGAUAUUCAGUUUUUGUUAACAGAAAAUCUGUUCUUCUGCCCACAGAAUAAAUGCUGUGCCACAGUUAAAAAGUCAA